UGUACUUUACAUAUACAAAUUAAAGGCCUACUGUUUUUAGUUACAACAACUCAAUAACGGUUCCAGGCGUCAAACUGAUAUGCCAGUUAGAUUUCAUGCGCAGAGAAGCCACACGUGUUCCGUUUUAAUGAAGGUGUUUGACGAUAUGCGUCUGUCAUAUGUAAAUCAUAUUAUUCCAAAGGAAACGCACAAUUUUCGUCUUAAGUGAUCAACAACGCCAGCAAACAUGGGGAACAAACUCAAAGUUGGAAAGACCAGAAAAUAUCAUUUCCACCACUUAGCAAAGGAAACAGGUUAUCGUUCACGUUCUUCCUUUAAACUUAUUCAGUUGAACCAUAAAUUCCAGUUCCUGCAGAAUUCCAGGGCUCUUGUGGACUUGUGUGCAGCUCCAGGUGGUUGGUUACAGGAGGCCGUCCACGUUUAUGCCCGUCUCCAGUCUUAUUUUUGGUGUCGACUUGGUCCCAAUCGAGGCUUUUCCCAAUGCGGUCGCUCUGACAGAGCACUUCACCACAGAGUAAUGCCGACAGGUAGGUGCUUAUGCUAA